AUGACUAGUACACCUAGUAGCUCCCAAGUUCCAGGCUCCCAAGCAUCAGCUGCUGUAGCAGCUGCAACUAAUACAACAGAAGAAAAUGUUGUGCACAUUUCAGAUGGAGAGGAACAAGCUGCUGGUCCUGGUAAAAAGAGGAAGCAAUAUUCUAAAGUGUGGAAUGACUUCACCCAAGUGUGUGUUGAUGGAAAAUGGAAGGCCAAAUGCAAGCAUUGUGGCAAGAAUCUUUCAGCCGUCUCAAGGAAUGAUGAUGGUGAUAGGGCCAAUAGCUUCUGGUCAUGCCUUGAAGACAUUCAAGAAGAAAUGAAGGCAGAUUCUUGCAUCACUAGUGCUGAUUCCGACUGAUGAGUUCCACUAUUUGCUUGGUUCAACUGAACAAUUUAUGUAAUAAUGGUGUUGAUCAAUGACUCUUGGAUUUUUGUAUGCUUCUAUUUGUUUGCUGGCUUUGAUUUAAGAUGGAUGGAUGUAUCAUGGAUUCAUGGACCAGACUAUUUAUUUGUUGGCUUAGAUGUAUCAGACUAUUUAUUUGCUGGCUUGAAUUUACUUGGUUGCUAUA